GCUGGAGCAACCCCCUAUAUAAGGGUGUAUCUUGCCGCGCGCAACUCCAGACCCAUUCCGCUGCUCGGUUCGAAACGAUAAGCGGUGCUUUUUCCACCAUGACCUCGGUACCUUGAUCCUAAAAUUCGGUGAUACGAUCAUUCAGCGUGCCGAGGAAAAAUCCUGGAAUUUCAUUCGGGCAGUUUCUCUUGAAAAGUGAGAAGAAAUAAAAAUGUGGUCCACUGCGGCGACCCUGUUGCUCGCUGUGGCCGCGUACAAAGUCGAUCUCUUUAAGCACGCGACGUCAGCAUACGAGACUCAUAUGAGAGUUUACAACGUGGGGGUGUUGAUGGCAUCGCACUUGGACAGUCCUUUCGACCUGGAAAGAUGUGGACCAGCCGUGGAUCUUGCUCUUGCCGAAGUUAACGAGUUCCUGGCGGUGCACAACGUCCAACUUCAUAAAGUUCAGGGCAGCUACCCGUCCUGUAGUGGCGCCAGAGCUCCAGGGUUGGCAGCGGACAUGCAUUUUCGCGACAACGUUAUCGCCUUUAUCGGUCCCGCCUGCGCUUUUGCAUUGGAACCUGUUGCAAGACUGGCAGCAUAUUGGAACAGUCCCAUAAUUACUGGAAUGGGAGACCAGCCUCCCUCGGAGGGAGAACUAUCCGUGACGUCCGGCAUCCUCGGAAGACUUCACAAGUGGAGGAACGAGUCAUCGGGCAUCUUCAAGGAUAAAAGCAAGUACCCGACCUUGACGAGGAUGUCGUAUUGCCAGUGUCGUCUGAGACUGGUCUUCUCCAGCGUCUUCAAGGAGUUUGGCUGGUCCCACGUGGCGCUCAUCCUGGACAGAUCCGACCUCUUCUCCCUGACGGUCGGAAAAAAUCUGGAAUACGGCUUGAGAAAGGAAGGCCUGCUGAAAUUCGUCAGGGAACUCGACGGUAACUCCGAGGAGGAGCCUUACCACCUGUACCUGAGGGACGCGAGCAUGUACGCCAGAGUGGUGAUUUUGAGCGUCCGAGGGACCCUCGUCAGAAGGUUCAUGCUAGCGGCUCAUGCUCUGGGGAUGACCAGGGGCAACUGGGCCUUCCUCGACGUCGAGAUCUUCCAGGGCUCUUAUUGGGGGGACCACGACUGGGAGGUCGGGGACGAAGAGGACGCGGUUGCUAGGAAAGCGUACGAAGCUCUCUUAAGGGUCUCCCUUCUACAGCCUACGAGCCCUAGGUUCCAGGAUUUCGCGGACGAUGUCAGACUGCGAGCCCAAACCGACUACAAUUACACGUUUUCCGAGGGCGAAGAGGUGAACUUCUUUGUUGGAGCCUUUUACGACGGAGUCUAUUUGCUGGGGAUCGCCCUGAACGAGACCCUGACGGAGGGUGGCGACAUAAGGGACGGCAUCGCCAUUACCAGGAGGAUGUGGGACCGAGAUUUCAUCGGAAUUACUGGACACGUCAGGAUCGACGAUAACGGGGAUCGAGAUGCCGAUUAUAGCAUCCUGGAUCUGGACCCCAUCACGGGCAGGUUCGAGGUGGUGGCUCAUUAUUUAGGGCUGAAUAGGGAAUACAGUCCUGUGCCAGGGAAGAAGAUCCACUGGCCUGGAGGUCGAGAAGGCCCUCCACCGGAUGUUCCCGAAUGUGGGUUCUUGGGAAACGAUCCGGCAUGCUCUUCGAGGUCGGAAGCCUACACUUUCGUUGCUUACUCCAGUCUGGCAUUCGCUGUAUUUUUCCUGGCCACUGCUGCCGCAUCCUGCGUCCUAUACAGGCAUUUGAGACUCUCCGCGGAUUUGAACAACAUGUCUUGGCGUAUCAGACCGGAAGAGCUCCUCCUGGAAGUCGGCAAACCGUUCUCCUCGAAGAUAAACCUUCAUCAAGCAAUGUCGGAUGUGAAUAAUUGUGGCUUGGAGCAAAGAAUGCGCAGAGGGUCGCAAGCGAGCUGUGGAUCUUCACCUCCCACUACGGUGUUUACAACAAUUGGGAUUUACAAAGGUGAGAGGGUCGCCAUUAAGAAGAUUACGAAGAAGAAGGUGGUGGACGUCACGAAGAAAUUAUUGUGGGAGAUCAAACAAGUCAGGGACAUCACUUCGGAGAACACCGUGAGAUUUAUUGGGGCAUGCCUUUGCACGCCGUCGCCGACAGUUCUCAUUCUCACGGAAUAUUGCCCCAAAGGAUCCCUAAAGGACGUGCUGGAAAACGAGGCGAUUAAAUUAGACUGGAAUUUCCGAAUGUCUUUAAUCCACGACAUAGUCAAGGGGAUGGCAUAUCUGCACGCGAGUGAAGUCUCGGCACACGGGAAAUUACGGUCGUGCAAUUGCUUAAUCGAUGGGCGGUUCGUCUUGAAAAUUUCGGAUUUCGGCCUGAAAACGCUCACCACACCUUCCGAGUUAGUCAUGGACGAGAAUUACUAUACAAAGUUACUGUGGAUAGCGCCAGAAUUACUGCCAUUGACAGUAACUCCAGGAAGUACUGCGACCCAGAAAGGAGACGUCUACAGUUUUGCGAUAAUCCUGGAGGAAAUCGUCGUGCGAGGUGGACCUUACGAGGUGGCACGGAUGUACAUGACUUCCCAGGAGGUCGUGAGCCGCGUCCUGGCCGGAGAGGCCCCAGUCUUCAGACCGGAAGUCGCCCAAAGAGAUUGCCCUACAGACAUUCUGUCUCUUAUGGAGAAAUGUUGGACCGAGGUGCCAGAAGACAGGCCGACCUUCCACACGAUUCGAGGCACGAUUCGAGGGAUCAUGAAAGGCUACUGCGAGAACUUGAUGGACGACUUGCUGAGACGAAUGGAACAGUACGCGAACAAUUUGGAAGCCCUGGUGGAGGAGAAAACGGAGCAACUGAGCCUGGAAAAGCGUCGCAGCGAGGAAUUGCUGUACCAAGUGCUCCCUAGGCAGGUGGCGGGUCAACUAAUGGCUGGAGAACUCGUCCAGCCUGAACAAUUUGAGUGCGUGACAAUUUACUUCAGUGAUAUCGUAGGUUUUACCGCGCUCUGCGCCCAAAGCACCCCGAUGGAGGUGGUGGACUUUUUAAACGAUCUCUACAGCACUUUCGACCGUAUCAUCGGGUUCUACGACGUAUACAAGGUCGAGACGAUCGGGGAUGCAUACAUGGUGGUAUCCGGUCUUCCUGAGCGAAACGGUGACGAGCACGCCCGGGAGAUCGGCCUGAUGGCGUUGGCGAUCCUGGAAGCGGUAAAGUCGUUCACGAUAAUGCACAAGCAGGAUGCCCAGUUGAGCAUCAGGAUCGGCGCCCACAGUGGUCCGGUCUGCGCGGGUGUCGUCGGCCAGAAGAUGCCUCAUUACUGUCUCUUCGGCGACACCGUCAACACGGCCUCCAGGAUGGAAUCCUCGGGACUGCCCCUGAAGAUCCACGUGUCGGAGGCGACGAAGAACAUCCUGGACAAGUACGGGAGCUUCGACUUGGAGCUGAGAGGCGAGGUGGAGCUGAAGGGGAAGGGCAAGGUGACGUCGUACUGGCUGACAGGAUGUUCGGAGCCGGACCCUAGGCCACCCACCCCGAAGCAUCGGAGGAGCAGCAACAGCCCUCCGGAGAACGGCACCCUGUUAAACCCUUUGAUCUUCCCUCCCAACAACGCGAACGGGCCCAAGCGGCGCCGGCAGGUUCGUGGUCGAGGUAGAGGCAGCGUGAGACUCUUUGAUAGUAAAUUUAUUUCAAUCUACGUGAUUACAAUAUCGGAUAUACUGGAUUCGUACCUGUGACACCCAGCAUACGGGUAGGUGACAAUUAAUAAG